GGAUGCUGAGGAUGAGGAUGAUGAUGGUGAUAAUGAUGGCGGCGGGAGCUGGAGGCUGAAACUGCGGCUCCAGGAGGCUGAAACUGCGGCUCCAGGAGGCUGAAACUGCGGCUCCAGGAGGCUGAAACUGCGGCUCCAGGAGGCUGAAACUGCGGCUCCAGGGGAAGCUGAAACUGAGGCUGAAACUGCGGCUCCAGGAUGAUGAUGGAGGACGGACGGCUUGGAAAUAAACGGCGUGGAAAAUAAAAGAGAGGAGGAAGAGAGGAUGAUGAUGGCGGAUGGAUGUUGCAGGGUGGACAGAGGAAACCGGGGGAAGAUGAAGAUGAUGGCGCCGAUGCCGAGGCCGGUUUACGCGCAGCCGCAGCAUCAGCACCAGUUCCUCCAUGGCGGGGCCGGCGGGGCCGGCGCCGGCGCGACGCCGCAUCCGCAGCACCAGUUCCUCCAUGGCGGGGCCGGGGCCGGCGCCGGCGCGACGCCGCAUCCGCAGCAUCAGCAGCCGGGCAGCGACAUCCAGGAGCUGGCCUCCAAAAGGGUGGACGUCCAGAAGAAGCGCUUCUACCUGGACGUGAAGCAGAGCGGCCGCGGGCGGUUCCUGAAGGUGGCCGAGGUUUGGAUCGGCCGCGGCCGCGGCGACAACGUCCGCAAGAGCAAGCUGACGUUGUCCAUGGCGACGGCACCGGCGCUGCGCGGCUGCCUGGGCGGGUUCAUAGACUACUACGCCCGGAUCGGGCUGAGGGGCGAGCCGGCCGAUAACGGGGGCCCCGGCGGCCCCGGGCACCGGGGCUCCCGGGGCCGCCACGGAGCCGCCGCCCCGCUCUCCCCCGGCGGCCCCGGGGCCGGCGCGGGGGCCGGGCACCAGGGCCCCCGUAGCCGCCACGGAGCCGCCGCCGCGCGGCCGCUCUCCCCCGCCGGCUCGGCCGGCUCCACGGACGAACACGCCGCCGCCCACCGCGUCCUGAAGAGUGAGCUGAUCGAGAAGGACAACAGGAAGUACUUCCUGGACCUGAAGGAGAACCGGAGGGGCCGGUUCCUGCGGAUCCGCCAAACCAUCAGCAAGGGCCACGGGACGAUGGGCUACUACGGGCCGGGCAUCGAGCAGACCAUCGUUCUCCCGGCGCAGGGACUGAUCGAGUUCCGUGACGCGCUGUCGCAGCUGAUCGACGAUUUCGGCAACGAGGAUGCCGACUCGUACGGAGACUCGCCGGGCCGGGGGGGCCGGCCCGGGCUCCGUGGCCCCCGUAACCACGACGACGGCCCGGAGCUGCCGGACGCCGCGUCGUUCCGCGUCGACAACAAGAGGUUUUACCUGGACGUCGGUUCCAACCGCUACGGCGUCUUCCUGAAGGUGAGCGAGGUGCGGCAGCCGUACCGGAACACCAUCACGGUUCCGCUGAAGGCCUGGGCCCGUUUCGGCGAGAACUUCCUCCGGUACGAGGACGAGAUGCGGCGGAUCUUCAGCGUCCACCAGGACAAGAGGACGGAGGCGCGGCGGGACAGCGCGGAGCCCGAGGACUGAGCCGCGUCGCCGCCGUUUCACGUGUGGCGUCACCGCGCCGGCGCCUGCGGCGUCACGUUACACGUGAAAUGUGAGGACGCGCCUGCGGCGUCACGUUACACGUGAAACGUGAGGACACGCCUGCGGCGUCAAGUUACACGUGUAGCUUCACCGCGCCUGCGGCGUCACGUUACACGCGUGGCGUCAUUUCGCCUGCGGCGUCACGUUACACGUGUAGCGUCACCGCGCCUGCGGCGUCAUGUUACAUGCGUGGCGUCACCGCGCCUGCGGCGUCACGUUACACGUGUAGCAUCACUGCGCCGGCGGCGUCACGUUACACGUGUAGCUUCGCCGCGCGACCCUUAUAUGCCUUUAUACGCCGACGACCUAGUACACUGCAAAAACUCACAAUCUGAACGAGAAUAUUGGUCUUAUUUCUAGUUAAAAUGUCUCAUUUUUAGUAAAAAAAAAAAGUCAUU